UUAGUUGCCCUAUCCCAAUUCUGAAACACAUAAGAAAAAUCUCAUUUUUGAGACUCGAAACACUAGACCAACGAAGCUCUCUCAUUCUCAUACAUGGAGACCCUUAAAUCAAUCUUCUCAAUUUUCACCACCAACCCAUUUCUCCUCCCAACAAAAUCUCUCAAACCCUCCAAGGUUUCAAUCAAACCACCCCCACCAGACUUUGAUUUCAGAACAGAAAUCUCGGAUGACUCUGUAGCCAUAAUAGCCCAAACUCACCCUGAAUUGCUUGAUUUAGCUCAGAAUGGGAGUUUGGUAUUGAUUGAGAAAAGGCGGUACGGUCCGGUACCGGCAUGGAGGACCGAGUUCGUGGAGCCGGAGGCGAUAUGGUUAGUUGGGACUACGCAUAUAUCCCAGGAAUCUGCUGUGGAUGUCGAACGCGUAGUGCGGGCCUUGAAGCCUGAUAAUGUGGUCGUGGAGCUAUGCAGAAGCAGAGCUGGAAUUAUGUACACUUCCAAUGAAGACGAGCUUGGCCAACAAUUACGUUCAAAUAUGUUUUCUUUGACUGGGACUGGGUUUUUUGGUGCUGUUGGCCGUAGCAUAAACUUGGGUGGUCAAACCGCUCUAGCACUACGUCUACUGCUGGCAGUUUUUUCCUCAAAAAUCUCAUCAGAUAUCAACCGCCCUUUUGGUGAUGAGUUCCGUGCUGCUCGAAAAGUAUCUGAAGAAGUUGGCGCACAAAUUGUUUUGGGGGAUCGGCCAAUUGAGAUAACGCUUGAAAGGGCUUGGAAUUCUCUGACAUGGACUAAGAAACUGAGUUUAGUGAGCUCAGUUAUUCGCGGGAUAACAUCAUCAUCUGAUAUGUCUAGGAAAAGUCUCAAGGUACCAAGUUCAGAUGAUGGCACCUUGCAGCUCUACGAGCAGCUAAGUUUUUCAUAUCCAUCACUCCUGCAGCCUCUUAUACACGAACGAGACACAUACCUUGCAUGGUCACUAAAGCGGAGCAAAGCUGUGAAUAAUAGUAAAAGAGUGGUGGGGGUGAUUGGAAAGGGCCACAUGAAUGGUGUGAUAUAUGCACUUGUAUCAGACCAGGGAAACUUGCGGUUUCGGGACCUUGCAGGUAAGAGGCCAGAUGGUGAUGGCUCCAAUAGGUGGCUUGAUAGUCUUCUUAAGGGUUUGGUUAGAGACACUGUGAUUGGUGUUCUGUUGUGGGCAUUUUAUGAACAGAUAAAAGGCGUACAAUAGAAUUCAAUGAUCCUGAUUUUAAAUUAUUAUUAGUUUGUCUAAUACUCAAGUGAGAACAGGAAAAAAGAAGCAGUGGAUGAAAAUAUAUAUAUAUAUAUUUUUUGUAUAUCCUACAGUUUAAGGAAAGUAUGAUUAUAAUUAAUGUGGAAACAAAUUUAAGUUGUUGA